AGAGGGAUGGAGGGCAGGGUCUCGUGGGAGUGAGAAGGGUCAGAGAGAGGUUUUCUUUUCUCAGCCGAGCGAAUAGCUUUUCCACUUUAAAUCAUUAUAGUCUUCAGAAGGAAGAGCCAUGUGAUUUAUAGAGGUAGGUUGUAAAGGCCUUUCCAUCGAUGAAGUGUAAGGUUUAAUUGAAUUUGUUGCAACAGUUGUUUCUGCGUAGCCCCCUUGUUCUCUGAAGGAAAAUCAUCCUUUUUUUCUCUCCCUCUUCUUUCUUUAUUUCUUUCUUUUUUGAGAAAGAGAUGAUCUUUAUCCCUAUAAACUUCAGCUAGAGAGUUUCAAUUUGAGUAAAUGACAGAAGAGUCAUCAGCUCCUAGUCCUAUUAAGGCUCUGUUUUCAAAUACCCUGGACCUGUACAUUGAAAACACAACUGCUGGAUAUCGUGCCUUCUGCCACCCAAACUAGCACCUGUGACCUGGGGUGUGUUGUAGUUUUAGUUUUUGAUGGCAAGGAACAGAGGCUCCUUUGGACACCUGGUAAUAAUCAUGUUGGCUUGAUGGGUUUCUCUGUUCUUGCGUAACUUCCUUUGCUAAGGGCCUUGCUUGCUAUGGCCUCCAGUCUACCCCUAGGCAGCCUUCCUGCCUGUGUGUCUUGCCAGCUCAGUCUAAAUUUCCAAAAUUCGUACUCCCCAGAGCUUGAAUGGGAUUGGUCAAGUUCAUCCUUUCACAUCAAGCCGUGUCCUUGGUCACUGCUUAUCGGUCAGAUGUCUAUCCCUGGUCCAGUUAGCUCUGAUCCGAGGUGGGAGCUGAGGAUCCGACGGAUGCUGCUUGGCUGUCUAGGCAACAGGAGCCCAGGGCGGGGCAAUCUCCCUUAUAAAGAUGAGGGAGGGAGUGCUCAGGUACUGACUGAGCAAGGCCAGCAGAGUUCCCAUUUUGAUGGCUCUUCAUGAGGAAGACAAAGCACAGAGCUGCCUUGAUAGUAUGAUGAAAUCGGAGAGAGUUCAGAGCAGUGCCCUUUGUGAAUAAGGACAAGAGAAGAAUUUGGGCAAUUAAUUAUGCAAUCGAGUCCCAAAUUCUGCUAUCAUCUUGAGCAUCAGACGAAAACACUCCGAAUCAAAACCCUGAGUUUUAUUUUAACCUGAAUCACCUAGAUCACAGCAGGGUUUUGCUCGAAUGACCCAGACAGAUUGCAUCAAUUUUCUGCUUUACUCUGCUUGUGGAGACUGGGCUGUUAGUGGUCACUUCUGGAAGAAGAGAAAGUACUAGAGAAAAAGAAAAAGAAGAAGGUUCGAACCUGGAAAGAUGCUAGGAUUUCCUUGUUCCGUGUUUCUUAAUAAACAUAUGACACUGUAAGAGACUGUGUAUGUUGAUUUUUUUAAAAAUAAAGCUUUAAUGCACAACUUGAUUUUGAUGAAAUAGCAGGCUUUAAUUUUCGCUUGAAUGAUGCAUAUGAGGGGAAUAGGCAUAAGGAUGUGAUACUUCUCUUUGAAUUAUACUGAUGAGAUUAAAUUGGCAUUUUCUAUUAUUUCUAUUCUCUCCCACUUUAGAAAGCACUUAUUGGAAACAAAUGAAUGUCAAUAAUAAUCUUUUAGGGAUAAUUGAUCUAUUUUUUAUUUUACCUGAAUUUUCUAUUAUAUUUAUAUUUUCUAAUAAAUAGAAAAUAAUCUGCAGCCUUCAGUUCAGAACUCACCGGAUGUCCUAUUUUAAGAACUGUUGCUCUAAAUAAUUUUCUUCUCUGUGUUGGUAUGCACAACUGAUUUUAGCAGGUGGCUAAAUGCUAUUUGAAAAGCACACUUGACCCAUUCUGGCAAAUCAACUAACUGAAAUAUUUCUUUAAUUUAGAAAAGAAAUUUGCUUUCAGAACAUUUAAAGUGUUCAAAACAUUUUAGUAAAUAAGUUACCUUUUGCCACAAAUCACAGUCAAAAUAAUUAAAAAGCUAAUAUAACUGCCACAAUCCAUUAGUAUACAUGGCUGUUCUUUUUGCAAGUGAAUCUUGUUUCAACUCUGUAUCUCUUAAGUCAAAAUGAAAUACUUUACAUACUAGCGAAAAUAUGUCCCACUCGAUGUGGAAAUGGAUCUCAGACAAAUCUGCAUAUUGAAAUUAUUUUACGGGCUAAUUCACAAGUGGAGAGAAGACUGAAGACAAGUAAGAUCCUUUCUUUCAAAAUGUUUGAAAGCACUGCGUGUGAGAAUCGUGUUUUCUUUCUUUCCCAAGCCGAUUUUGAGAUGCAUCGCUUGCCCUUCAGAGGUCACCCUGCACGUGGAAGUUCUGGAAGGCCAGGAGCAAGAGAGCCUUCUCCUCUUCACCCUCACAUCCGCCAUCCUCACUGGCAGAAAACCAGACUUUCUGCAGGCUGGAGUAGAAAAAUGUAACAUGUUAAAAAAAAAAAAAAUCCUUUACAGUAUAUGCUUACACAGGCAAACACAACAAAACAAAACACCCAGAAAUGGCUGGAGGAAAUGCCAGAUGGUUCAUGGGAAGAUCAGACGACAGAGGAAUGGCUUCGGAGUCAGGAAAUCCAACCUCUGCAGGUUACUGAAGUCAAGAACCCAAUUAAUCAGUGACACGAAAUGCAGCGUUACUGAGGACCGGCCAAACGAGAAAGUUAGGAAAAUGCUCCCGGAACACACGUCCUCACUCCUGCUCUGAGCUGUAACUAAUAUUGAAUUAGCAAAAUUUAUGUGCCGAAUGAAUGCUUUAUUCUUAUUAUUUUUUCCAACUCGAUCUGCCUGCCUAGACUCCAAGCUUUAUGAGCAAUGAAGAUCAGCUGCAUGACAUAAGAAAUUUUCAGGUGGACGAACAGAGGACUUACACCCUCGUGAACCGUCUUUCUUGACUCAAGCGCUGAGAAAGUUAGAAUCAGGCCACCCCCUCCUCUAUUUUGUGCGGGGGAUUUUCCACUCCUAGUCAAAUGGUGGUGCUAGUUCUUUAUUUUUGAGUUGCUGCAUUUCCUAAUUUCAUGGUCAUAACAGCCUCCUGUCUACUGCCUCAGAACGGUUUUCACCAAAACUGAAAAUAAAGGCUCCAUGCUCAGAAGCUCCUUAACGGGCUCGAAAGGUGACUGUUCCUCUCCCUUGCCCAUUCUAUAGCCUAAGAAGACAGGCUUUCAGUGACAUUCUUCUCUCCAACUGACCCAUCCGCUACACGUGGGGGAGAGAUACACUGGACAGGAUGGUUGUGAGAAGAGAGGAAGCCCUGAACUCUGGAGGAAGCCACGGUCUGGGUGAAAAGUGAAGCCGGGUCAUGAGAAAAUGGAUCUCUAAGCUGUAAAAACCAAGGAAAUAAAAGGCAGCAGGGUCUGGGAAGAGUGAGGGGGAGGGAAGAGGCAGCUAUUCCUAGAUUCCUAGGAGACUCUUACCUCUGGUAAGGUAACGAGGGGCUGAAGGAGGGUCGUCGGGGUCAGGGAAAGGGAGACGCAGCCCAGCUAGAAUGCUCAGGUGCAUGGAGAGCUAGGGAAAGCCAGCCCUCGGAGAAGCCCAUGAGGCUUUAAUCUGGGUGACUGGAGACAUAUCGAUGCUGUUCACAGACUGGGGGGUUGAGAGGAACCCCGUGUUUAGGGGAGAAAGAAAGACGACUCAUACUUUGAACAAGCCAGCGAAGCCCAGGAGACCGCUAGAAAAGUGGGUCUGGAGAUGCACACAGUGGUGGAGCCAGAGAAACAGACUUGACCCUGAUUCACCAGCAAGUGUGAGCCUGCGCAGCAGGAGAGGGCAGAGAGCGACCAGGAGGGAGCUGGGAUCCGGACAGUGAGGUGGCCGGCCGGCUGCUGAGCCCUCCGCCGCGGGGGGAAACGGUUUGCGCCUUGCCCGCGGCCACUGACCAUGACCAUGACCCUACACACCAAAGCGUCCGGCAUGGCCCUGCUGCACCAGAUCCAAGCCAACGAGCUGGAGCCCCUGAACCGCCCGCAGCUCAAGAUCCCCCUGGAGCGGCCCCUGGGCGAGGUGUACGUGGACAGCAGCAAGCCCGCCGUGUAUAACUACCCCGAGGGCGCCGCGUACGACUUCAACGCCGCGGCCGCCGCCUCCGCGCCCGUCUACGGCCAGUCGGGCCUCGCCUACGGCCCGGGGUCGGAGGCGGCGGCGUUCGGCGCCAACGGCUUGGGGGGCUUCCAGCCGCUCAACAGCGUGUCUCCGAGCCCGCUGGUGCUGCUGCACCCGCCGCCGCAGCUCUCGCCCUUCCUGCACCCCCACGGCCAACAGGUGCCCUAUUACCUGGAGAAUGAGCCGAGCGGCUAUGCGGUGCGCGAGGCCGGCCCUCCCGCCUUCUACAGGCCAAAUUCAGAUAAUCGGCGCCAGGGUGGCAGAGAGAGAUUGGCCAGCACCAGUGACAAGGGAAGCAUGGCCAUGGAAUCUGCCAAGGAGACUCGCUACUGUGCAGUGUGCAAUGACUAUGCCUCAGGCUACCAUUAUGGAGUUUGGUCUUGCGAGGGCUGUAAGGCCUUCUUCAAGAGAAGUAUUCAAGGUAAUAGACAUAAUGACUACAUGUGUCCAGCUACCAACCAGUGCACAAUUGAUAAGAACAGGAGGAAGAGCUGUCAGGCCUGCCGGCUACGCAAGUGCUACGAAGUGGGCAUGAUGAAAGGGGGGAUACGGAAAGACCGGAGAGGAGGGAGAAUGUUGAAGCACAAGCGCCAGAGAGAUGAUGGAGAGGGCAGGAAUGAAGCGGUGCCCCCUGGAGACAUGAGAUCUGCCAACCUUUGGCCAAGCCCUCUCUUGAUUAAACACACUAAGAAGAACAGCCCGGUCUUGUCCCUGACAGCCGACCAGAUGAUCAGUGCCUUGUUGGAGGCUGAGCCCCCCAUAAUCUAUUCCGAGUAUGAUCCUACCAGACCCCUCAGUGAGGCUUCAAUGAUGGGCUUGCUGACCAACCUCGCAGACAGGGAGCUGGUACACAUGAUCAACUGGGCAAAGAGGGUGCCAGGAUUUUUGGAUUUAAGCCUCCAUGAUCAAGUGCAUCUUCUGGAAUGUGCCUGGCUAGAGAUCCUCAUGAUUGGUCUUGUCUGGCGCUCCAUGGAGCACCCAGGGAAGCUCCUGUUUGCUCCUAACUUGCUCCUGGACAGGAACCAGGGCAAGUGUGUCGAGGGAAUGGUGGAGAUCUUUGACAUGUUGCUGGCUACAUCGUCUCGCUUCCGUAUGAUGAAUCUCCAGGGAGAGGAGUUUGUGUGCCUCAAAUCCAUCAUUUUGCUUAAUUCUGGAGUGUACACGUUUCUGUCCAGCACCCUGAAGUCUCUGGAAGAGAAGGACCAUAUCCACCGUGUCCUGGACAAGAUCACAGACACCUUGAUCCACCUGAUGGCCAAAGCGGGCCUGACUCUGCAGCAGCAGCACCGGCGUCUCGCGCAGCUCCUCCUCAUCCUGUCUCACUUCAGGCACAUGAGUAACAAAGGCAUGGAGCAUCUGUACAACAUGAAGUGCAAGAACGUGGUGCCCCUCUACGACCUGCUGCUGGAGAUGCUGGACGCCCACCGCCUGCACGCCCCAACCAACCUUGGGGGCCCACCCCCGGAGGACAUGAGCCAGAGCCAGCUGGCCACCUCGGGCUCAACUCCAUCGCAUUCCUUGCAAAUGUAUUACAUCACAGGGGAGGCGGAGAACUUCCCCACCACAAUCUGAGAGCUCCCCCGGCAGCUCCCCCAAGGUUCCAAGAAUCCCUGUCGCACUUCACCCCCACCUCGCAUCACUCUAGCUGACUUCUGCCCCUGCACACACUCUGGCAUGCAUCCAGCGCUGGCUUUCUAAUAUGGGUGGCCAUUCGUUCGCUUGCUCAAUUCUAAGUGGCACACCUUCUUUGGGGAACAGCCAAAGGGAUUCCAGGGCUCAUUUCUUUGUAACAGCUCCCUUUCUCCCUUCGCGGCGUUACUCAGCGUAAAGAUUCCCUUCGUGUUUCAUGACUGGGCUUGGUCCACGAGCUGGGCUCAGAGGACUUGUGCACUUUAGCUACUUGUGACCCAGGUCUGGAGAGUGGACUUUUCACCUCCAUGAAUGUGAAGCACUUUUUAAUGGAUCUAAGCGUACGCCACAGGAAAGAAUUGGAAGUGGCUCCUUUAAUUGCUGACGCGGAGAAAGCUAGGUCCAGGGUUCAUUAUAACAUCCUCUUGUAUUCCUAUAGCAAACAUAUCAUUUUAUGAAAGUCAUGCCUUCAAGCUUUUGCUCUGUUGCUUGGCCGUAGCAGAAUAUCUGGUGAUUGUCCACCCACUUCCCCUAUAGGAAUACAAGACGCACACAGGGAAGGAAGAUCCCCUAAUUGUCAAGAAUUUAUCAGCUUAAUACACUGUACCUUCUGAUUUGCUGAAUGCUUUACCAUUGGCCUUUGAGAGCACUAUGUACAGGUCACGGGUUCCAGUUAAUUCUUGCUUCCCAUGGAGCCGUGGAAAACAGCAAGUUGAUCCCAGUUAAUUUGCUUUCACAUGUACCAGUUUCCUUGUGAGGGAUAAAUUCUUGGUUUUUUGUUUUUGUUUUCAUCUUAUGAAAAAGAAAGCCCUCUCCCCGCCCCCAGAACUUGCAGUAAAUGGGCUUCAGGACCUGUUCUGGUGUGAUCUCACACCUAUCAGCAGAGGGCGCUCUGCUCAGAUCUUCCUGGUGUGUAACUUAAUGCAGAACGUGUAUUAGGUGUAGUGCCCAGCCGAUGACCAAGGGCAGUUUCCACGAGUGGGCACCCGGGUGACACUUCCGGCCCUGCGGCACUGGGCUGAGUAGUAAAUGUGCAUGAUUCUUGUAGGUACUAGAGACCAAAGAGGAAAAAAGGGCAGAAACUGGAUAAAACUGUGAGGCUCAGGGUGGCCCAGCCACAGGCUGUGUCACUUAGGAGUGCUACUGGCCGACCCCACGCUGCACUGCGGGGCUGCCCGGGGGUCCACGGGGCAGUCCUCCUCUUCCUUGUUCCCCCGCCAGGCCCUGACUGGAGGCACGUUCUGGGCAGGGAGGAGGGCCAGGAUUGGAGUACUCUCUGGGCCGGCUGCCUGCUGCCUGGUCAGACCACACCUGCCCUUGGUUGUUUAGCAUUCAUCCCAGAAUCAGGGUUUGGCCUUGAGGGAGAAAGGGAAAGAAAGAAAAAAACUUCCCCAAGUGUCGAUGUCAUUAAACUACAUAAGCCAAGAGAGCAAGACUGGACAUGGGCGUAGGAGUCCUCAGGCCUAUAGGCUUAAACAAGCAAGGCUCACCCCAACCACAGGGCUGGCUUCCCUGGGUCUUUGCUUCUCUAGGGCAGUUAUGGGUUAUUUCCCCUUCUCAGCUAAAAAAAAGAAGUUUGGUUUCCUCUGGUGACCUCAUUGUCUAGAACCGGAACCCCAUUAAUAGGCAAUGUGUUAAGCCAUCAAGCCAGCCAAGCUUCUAAGGCUUCUCUUGGGAUACCUGUUUUAAAAGUGGAGUUCAUUCAUUUCCGAUUUCGCAGGAAGCGAUCGCCAAAGGACUGAGAACCUGGGAGGGCCAAAAAGAAAAAAAAAAAAAAGUUUUUUUCACAAGUG